CUCGGAUCUUGAUCUUUACAGGAGAUUAGAUAAAACAUUCUAAAAUCUGUGAACAAAAUCAGAUCUCUUUUUCUUCCUUCUAGAAAAGGGUUUUACAGAAGGAUUGUAAUGAAUGGUCCUUCCAGUGCCGGAUAUUUGAACAACGUAGCCGUUUACGAUGAGUAAAAAUGGGUGAAGAAUGGAGCUGAAAGUUGAAGUUUUUCUUAGCUCCGACGGAAUAGUUUGAAAGUUGAAGUAGAAUUCGACUUGGGUUUAAAGGUUAGGAGACGAAAAGUGAGAAAAGUGGUUGCUUUUCUUUAAUUUAAAGGGGAAAAAAAGAGAAGAAGAAGCAGCUGAUCGAAGCAAAGAAGUAGAAGUAGCAAAGAAAUGGCGACGCUUGUGGAGCCUCCAAACGGGGUGAAGCCGCAGGGGAAGCAUUACUACUCCAUGUGGCAAACCCUGUUCGAGAUUGACACCAAGUACGUACCCAUCAAACCUAUAGGGAGAGGAGCUUACGGGGUCGUCUGCUCUUCAAUCAACAAGGAAAACAAUGAGAAAGUGGCCAUAAAAAAGAUCAACAACGUGUUUGAGAAUCGGGUGGAUGCUUUGAGAACUCUGAGGGAGUUGAAGCUUCUUAGGCACAUUCAGCACGACAAUGUGAUUGCUUUGAAGGACAUUAUGAUGCCCACUCAUAGGACCAGUUUCAAGGAUGUAUAUUUGGUUUAUGAGCUUAUGGAUACCGAUCUGCAUCAGAUUAUAAAGUCUUCACAGCCACUUUCUAAUGAUCAUUGCAAGUAUUUUAUCUUUCAGUUAUUGCGAGGUCUGAAGUACCUUCACUCAGCAAACAUCCUUCAUCGAGACUUGAAGCCUGGGAACCUCCUUGUCAAUGCAAACUGUGACUUGAAGAUAUGUGAUUUUGGGCUGGCACGCACUAGCAGAGGCAAUGAACAAUUCAUGACAGAGUAUGUUGUCACCCGCUGGUACCGCGCACCUGAGCUUCUCCUCUGUUGUGAUAAUUAUGGGACCUCCAUUGAUGUCUGGUCUGUUGGAUGCAUCUUUGCUGAGAUCCUUGGCCGGAAACCUAUCUUCCCUGGAACCGAGUGCCUUAACCAACUUAAAUUGAUAAUCAAUGUCCUUGGAAGCCAGAAAGAGGCUGAUAUUGAGUUCAUUGAUAAUCCAAAAGCCAGAAGGUAUAUCAAAUCACUCCCUCACUCUAGGGGCACUCACUUUUCCCAUCUAUACCCCCAUGCCGAUCCAUUAGCAAUUGACUUGCUGCAAAGGAUGCUUGUUUUUGAUCCAACUAAGAGAAUUACUGUUACAGAAGCUCUCCUACACCCUUACAUGUCAGGACUUUUUGAUCCAAGAAGCAAUCCACCAGCCCAGGUGCCUCUUGAUCUUGAUAUAGAUGAGAACAUGGGAGAACAUAUGAUUAGGGAGAGGAUGUGGCAUGAGAUGCUUCACUACCAUCCAGAGGCUGCAUUUGCCAGAGCAUAGCCAAUGCUUAAGUGGUUUCACAGUGCCCCUUCUAUAGCAGUUCCAUCAUUUCACCUAGAACCUGGCCAUUGAGGUUGUUCCUUAAUCCUAGUCAUGCCACCGCGAUUUUGCUUCAAAUGUCUUGUUUAUUGGUUUGAGUUCCUUGUAGAAGACAUUGUAUCACCUAACUUGUAAAUAGGCAUGAUUUUAUCAUGAUGUUCUAUUUGCAAUGCAUCAACAGCGUCUUUCAUAAAGAUGUGGAGAAAUUGGAGAGGGAAUUUCUCUCAUGUCAUAAUACGAUAUGAUCAUUCAGUUGAUUUUCAUUUUGAAUCGAAUUAUUUCUAAACUUUGCAUAGCUUAAAUGAACAAUGAGAACAUGU